AUGACAACGCAAAAUAGAAAAGCAUGGGGAAACCCGACAAACACUCCAGUUCUAGCGAUUCAUGGUUUCCACGACAACGCAGCAACGUUCGAUCAUCUCAUCCCCUCUCUUUCCACCUCCUCCUUCUUCGUCUGCUUGGAUCUGCCCGGCCACGGUCGCUCCUCCCCUUACCCCACCGGGGUGUCACUCGACUUCUUCUCAUGUCUCAGGGACGUUUGCCAAGUACUAAUCACCGACUUGAAAUGGACCAGAUGCACUCUGAUGUCACACAGCGCCGGCGGCCAUAUUUGCCUCUUCAUUGCUGCCAUCUAUCCAGAAAUAGUUGAAAAAGUUUACUGCUAG